AUGACGGCCAAGCAUCGGAAAGGCAAAAGCAACCACAAACAGGAUGACAACUUUUUCAAAAACGAAGUUAUGGAGACAGAACAGCACCAAACUUUAUCCUACCUGACGGACAACCUGAUGGGCGUCCAGGUGAAGAUAGGUAGACUGCAGACCUACCAUGAAGAAAUGCGUCUGUCUAAAAGUAAGGAGCACGUGCCAGAGAGCAUAGAGACCCGUCUGGCUGCCCUGGAGGAGUCUUACACUCUGACACAGAAGCAAGUGGGGAUCGCCUUGGCCGCAGCUGAGCAGCUCAAGACAUCUGACCUCCCCACUCAGGUUCUGUCCCUCCACACCGAGAUGAAAGCCCGCCUGGCCGAGGUGCAGCAGGCCACGGUGUCCGUGGAGCAGCUCGGCCGGCUGCAGAGCAUGCUGAAGGAGAAGAGCGAGGAGUUCGAGGUGGUCAGGACUCAGGUGGAGGAUUUGGCCACGCAUAACGGCGAGCUGUCCCAGAAGGUUGAGGCUCUGACCGGGAGCCUGGGAGAGACGGACUCCAUGCUGGAGGGGGAAAUCGAUCAGAUUGCCAACCUGGGCGCCACACUAGAUGGUCAGGCCACCGAGGUGCUCGGACUGAAGGAUAAGCUGCACGAAUACCAGACCCAGCUGGAGGCCAGCAUACUGGAGAUGGCUACAGUCAGGGAGUUGAUUAAGAAUGAACGGUCCCGGCAGCUCCAGCAGGCCAGUGUAGGGGAGGAGCUAAACACGGUACGCAAGAGCCUUCAGGAUCACGCCUCAGCAGUCCAGAGUCUACACUCUGAACUCAGUGCUCAGCUGGAGAACAUACAGAAGCAGGUUACUUGGCUGGAGGAGGAGACCCAACCUCCCGCAGAGCCUCUGGAACUAAGGGAGGAAGACACUACCGUAGCAACUGGAGAGGGAGAAGCAGAAGAUCCAGCUCCUGCAACAGGGGAGGACGAGGUCGAUGCUGUGAGUGAAGAAGAAGAGGAGGCUCCAACAAACGAAAACGAAGAGGCUGAAACGGUAGAAGAAGAGGCAGGUGAAGCAGCUACGGAGGUAGCAGUGGAAACGGAACAGUCAGCUCCUGUGGGGCAAGAAGCAGCAUCGUCUCAAGAGUCCACAGAAGCUGAUGAAGAUGAAGAAGCAGCUGCCAUAGAGCAGGAGCCCUCCAAGGCCCAAGAACCUAUUCCAGAAGAGGAAGACGUUGAUGCAGCCCCUACUGAAGGGGAGGAACAAACUGUAGAGGAGGAGAACAAGGAAGCUGGUGAUGCAGAAGUGGAAGAGGAGUCAGCAGCUGAAGAGGAGGAUGACGAUGAUGAAUCUGAAGAUGUGAUGGAAUCUGAGGGAGAGGAGGAACAAGGUAAUCAGGAGGAAGAAGGAAAACAGGACAAAGCAGUUGAAAAGACGAUUAGAACACGCCACCACAAUGAGAACUUUCUUCAGGCUUGA